AUGACACCAUUUAUAGCAUAUAAUUGCAAACCAUAAUGAUAGGUGCUUUCAGUCCCUUUUUUCAGACUCCUGGAUUUACUAUUGAAGCGGAUGGAUCUAACUGUGGAUUUUCACAUAUCUAGAAACGAGUGAUUUUGUUAUAUUUGGUGUAAAAGUGGUUGUAAAUACCCUGUGUGGACUUUGACCUGCGACCAUCACCAUGGUGAACCACAGCUUGGCCCGCGUUGUGCUCAUGUUCGCUGGAUUUUUCUCCUUUUUAGUCUCAAUUACGUUUAACUCUCUAUCUGGAUUCGGGGCAAAAUCAGGCGUUUUCAAGCAGUCAACAGAGGAUGUGACAGUGAAGUAUACGACCCCCUUAACUCCUGCUCAGUGGGCUCUGUUUGUGUGGGACUUCCUAUAUGUUUGGAUGUUUGCCAUGUACAUAUACUUCUUAGUGGGACUCUGCAGAAGGACGGCGUAUGAUUGGCUGUACACCACACCUGCAGUGCUGCCUUAUGGAUUUCACGUCUCUCUCAUCAUCAAGAACUGCCUGAACAUUAUGUGGUUGUUUCUGCUUGACAGAGAGUUGUUACUGCCGGUGCUGAUAACCUCCAUAUUCAUGACGCUCAGCCACUACCUGAUCCUGUUUUUCUCCUGCUAUGGACUGAAGAUCUACGGAGCCUGGCUGAACAAAUAUCACAACACAGACCUCUGGCUCAUCAGGAUACUGGUACAGAAUGUUGGGGCAGUAUAUGCUACAUGGGGGACUCUCUCCACUCUGCUGAACCUGACGAUGUUCUUGCAGCAUCAGACAGAAACGUCUAAAUGUGAAUGUGCGAUGCUGGCGCUGCUGCUGCUUCUGAUGGAGCUGUUGGUCUGGUUCCUGUUAGAGAACUUCUACGUUGACGAGCAUGUGCGAUAUAUCGUUACCAUCUACCCCGUGGUGAUCCUGUGGCUGACAGGCACUCUGGAAAACUCUGCCACUACUCAAAGUGACAUUUACAUCUUUGAAGCUGUGAUCCUCGCUAUUUCCUGCAUUAUGUUGGUGGCUCGCAUCACUCUGGUCGUAUGGAAGCAUUGCAAACGGCCGCUGUACAGUGGACCCAGCCAGUCACCUGUGGAAAUUGCAUUAAAGCAAAGAAAACUCUUUCGCUGAAUACAUCACAUGUUACUUGUUAGACGCUUUUAUCCAAAGCGACUUACAUACUCAACACUGUGGACAAUCCCCACACGAGCAAUUUGGGGUGAAGUGUCUCAGGGACACAACGACAUGCUGACUGCAGUGGGGUUUGAACUUGCUAUCCUCUGAUUCGAAGAUCGGUGCACUAACCCACUGCGCCACACGCCUCCCUAUCUGAACUAUAGAUACUGUGGUCCAUGUGUUAAUACUGCAAAAAAUGUGUUCAUUUAAAGCCUUCUGUUAACAAUGACUGUACAGCUUUUUCUUUUACAAAUAAAUGGACGUAAAAAGGAA